UUUUAUCCUGAAAGGAGGAAAUAAUGGCGUUAUCGAGAGGAUCAUGCCCGAGAAGAAUUUCCUAAAGUUCCUGGAAACCUACAUAAGACAGACCGUGGACACAAUUUCCAGCCGAACUAAGCGGAAGGAAACCGGAAGUGCCUCAGAGGCGCGGCUGUUUUGAGACCUGAAAGUAACUUUGAGCCGGGAGAUGGAUCGGUACUUGCUGCUGGCGAUCUGGGGUGAAGGAAAGUUUCCAUCGACGGCCAGUGAGCAAGCAGAACAUGGAUCAGAGGUGUCAACGGGUGACUGUACCGAGAAACAGCCUGACUUCAUGGCAGCAAAUGUUUAUCAUCUCCUAAAAAGAAGCAUUGGUGCUUCCAUCAACCCAGAUGAUAGUACUUUCCCUGCCUGUUCAGUGGGUGGCGUUCCUGGCUCCAAGAAGUGGUUCUUUGCCGUGCAGACGAUUUCCAGCUUUUACCAGUUUUGUAGCUCUGAUUGGCAAGAGAUACAUUUUGAUGCAGAAAAAGAUAAGAUUGAAGAUGUUCUUCAAACAAAUACUGAAGAAUGUUUGAGUGCCGUUGAGUGUUUUGAGGAAGAAGACGGUCACAGUAGGGAGUCCUUCUCCUUGGCUGAGCUAUAUGAAGAAUCUGCAGAAAAUUUGCAUCAGUUAUCAGACAAGCUUCCUGCUCCCGGUAGAGCAAUGAUAGACAUAAUCCUGUUGCCCUCUGACAAAGAUCCUCCUAAAUUGAAAGACUGUUUACCUGCUGUCGGAGCAUUAAAACAUCUGAGAGAAUGGCAUUCAGCAAAAAUUACUAUGGCAGGAAAUCACUGUGGAUCAAACUGUCAGAAGAUUGCAGAAUACCUUUCUGCUAAUGUUGUAUCUUUAGAAGAGCUCGGAAAUGUAAUUGACUCAAAGGAAUUGUGGAGGGGAAAGAUUCAGAUAUGGGAAAGAAAGUUUGGAUUUGAAGUUAGUUUUCCUGAAUUUUGUUUAAAGGGAGUCACACCUGUGAAUUUCAGUACAUCUCAUUGGAAUACUUGCUUUCUUGCCAAAAAGAUAGCACCAUCAAAGGAUAAAGAUAUUUUGCCAAAGGUUUUCCAUUACUAUGGCCCUGCCCUGCAGUUUGUGCAGAUGGUAAACUUAUCAGAGCUACCCUCCUGCUACGUGUCGGACCUUGAAUUCGAGUUAGGGCUGCCGGAAAACAGCAGGCAGAACUCCACGCUGCUGCUGGAGCAGAUCUCCUCUUUGUGUUGCAAGGUUGGCGCUCUUUUUGCACUGCCGUGUAUUGUUAGCAACGUGUUCAUCCCGCCUCCCAGCCAGCUCAGCUCGAGAAAAUGGAAGGAGUACAUCGCCAAAAAGCCGAAGACGGUCAGUGCGCCCGCUGUGGACGUGAGAGGAGAACAAGCCGGCUACUACCUCCUGGUGCGCGGCGCGGCGGGGGGCCGGUGCAGAGCCACCCUGCUGCACUCCGCCGGCCAGAUCAACGGUGCCUUCGCGCUUGGCUUCAUGCACGGGAGGAUGAAAGCCCAGGCAGCGGACGCCGGGCCGCGUAAGUGUGAGCUCCCUGCGCCGGGCCUCGCUCUGAAACAAAUCACUGGCUUGAAAUUGAUACAAAGAUUAGAGGCUUGGGAAAAAGUCUUACGGUUAAUUAGAUUGAUUUGUCUUGCAGAAAGGAGGAAGUUGGCAAAGGAGCCUGCAGCGUUUUCUGCUGAUGAACUCAAAAGUCUGUUACGACUCACCAGGGAGCGCUUUCUUCAUCAUUUUGAUGCUCUUACUCCUGAAACGGCUCUAAGACAGAUCGACAAAAUUAAAACCUCAGCUAUGUUAAAUGCUGCCACUCGAGGAGAACCUGACUCUUCAAGUCUAGUGGAAACCAGUUCUUUGGAAUGGCCAGAAAAGCAUGUUCUUCAAAAUUUGGAAACUUUUGGAAAAGCUAGACAAAAACUGAGAGCCGGCUCGUUGCCUCAGUCCUCGGAGCAGCUGCUGGGCCAUAAAGAGGGCCCCCGAGAUGCGGUCCUGUUGCUGGAUGCUAAGGAGCUGCUCAAGUACUUUACCUCUGAUGGACUGCCUGUGGGAGACCUCCAGCCUUUGCCCCUGCAGAAGGGGGACAAGACUUUUGUUUUGACACCAGAACUUAGUCCUGGGAAACUUCGGGUCUUACCUUUUGAGAAAGCCUCAGUGUGUCAUUAUCAUGGAAUUGAAUAUUGCCUGGACGACCGGAAGGCUUUAGAGAGAGACGGGGGAUUUUCAGAACUGCAGUCUCGGCUCAUUCGGUACGAAACGCACACGACCUGCACCAGGGACGGACUCCCCGGGCCCGCCGUGCUGAGCCCGGCGCCGUCGCCUGCGGUUCUGGAGCCCGGGAGCGGGCCCGACGGGGAGGCGCUGCAGAGCGAGCUCGGAACCGAAGCGGCCCGCCUGAAGCGGAGGUCCAGGGGCCAGAGCUGCCCCCGUCCCCCCAAAAGGCCCGUGAAAUCGGACAGCUCAGAUUCGCUUCCGCUGCAGCCACGCGGCAGCAGUCGGCGUCCUGCGGUGACGUCAGGGAAACCACAGCCGAAGCAGCCGUCAGCCGUGACGCACCCUGCGGUUCCAGUUCCUGGCGGCGAAGCCCCGGAAGUCGUGAGAAGGGGCGGUUCUGGUCAGAGCAGCACGCGCCAAUCGAAACCAUCGAGGCGCACGAAGGAGUCAAGGUCCCAGAAGCACACUCGGAUGCUGAGGGAGGUGGUGGUCGAGUCCCUGAGGAAGCAUCGUAUCACGGAGGCCCACGAGUGCUUCCCUGCGUGCAGCCAGCGGCUCUUUGAGAUCUCCAAGUGCUACCUGAAGGAUCUUAAAACUUCAAGGGGACUAUCAGAAGAAAUGAAGAAAACAGCAAACAACAAUGUCGUACAGGUAAUUGAAUGGGUCUUGGAAAAAGCAAGCAAGAAAUGAUACAGAAUCAUUCUCUUUUGGACAAGAAUAAGUCGUCUUGUUACUGCUUACUGUUUUAUUCCUUAGCUUGAAAAUUAGAAACAAAUUUUAAAUUUUUUCAGAUAAUAGGUGUUAAUAUUUCUAAUGCAUUUUGUAAGUAUUCUGUAUUUACAUAGUUUUGGUAAUGCUCAAUUAAUGUAUUUUUAAAUAUGUAUAUAUUUUAUACAGUUUACUAUAUUUUAAUUUUUAAAAUUAUCUCUUUUAAAAUUUUUACUCUUACCAUCUUAAUUAUGACAAUAAAGAGAAGUAUUUCCUUAAAGCUGGGUGACAGGUCUCCGUUGUCGGGGCUGCUUCCACUCCUGAGUCGUAAAUGGGGUAUUGCCGCCGCUUUCCCCGUGUUCCCACAGCAUCGUUUAUUGGGCCUCUUCCAGUUGACAAAUACUGCCACAAAACAUUCACCCAGGCCCCUGCCCUGGAGCCACCACUUUUAUAGCUACUAAUGUUUACUUAGGAUCAAAAAGUGGGAAACAAAAAGGCAAAUACUGUGAAAGCAAGACUGAUGAAAAUGACCCUGAGUACAGAUUGGAUGAAAAACAUCUUUCCCUCAGUAGACAAUCUGGAAUCCUCUUUGAAAAACUGGGAAAAUAAAGCCGACUUCACCAGGCUCGUGGAAGAUGCUAGUCAUGGCUAGCUUUGUGCUGAGCAUAAUGCUAAGAGCUGUACCUGAGUACCUCACAGGGGCCCUGUGAGGUAGGUGCGUCCCAUUUUUAUAGAGAAGAAGGUGAAGCACAGCAAGGUUGGUAUGAACAGUGUUACCUGACUCAGGCGUGGAAGGGAAAAUGCACACUUUGAUUUUUGUUGAACCUCUCGCUACCUGGUCAGUCCUAAAUUCUGCCAGCGUCAGCUUAUACAUCGUUUUGUUUUUAUUCCUUUCUUCCAAGGAUCUUGGUUUCCUACCAUACUUCCCAUUUAUGGAUUAAGACAAGUUGUAAGACUGAUACCACUGAACAAUAUUUAAG